AUGGCGGCCGGAGGCGAGCUGCAGCUGCUGGGCUCGUGGUACAGCCCCUACGUGAUCCGCGCCAAGGUGGCGCUGGGGCUGAAGGGGCUCAGCUACGAGUACAUCGAGGAGGACCUCUUCAGCAAGAGCGACCUCCUGCUGAAGCUCAACCCGGUGCACAAGAAGGUGCCCGUCCUCAUCCACGACGGCCGCCCGUUCUUCCUGGCGUGGAGGCAACUGUUCUGGUCGACGACGGCGGAGAAGAUAGCAGAGGCGUUCGCCGGCAUCGUCCCCGUGUUAGAGACAUUGGAGCGAGCGUUCAGGGAGUGCUCCAAGGGGAAACCCUUCUUCGGCGAAGACGCCGUCGGGCUCGUGGACAUAGCGCUCGGGAGCUUCGUGCUGUGGAUCAAGGUGGUGGACGAGGUGGCCGGUGUGAACCUUCUGGACGAGGCCAAGUUCCCGGCCCUGGCGGCGUGGGCGGAGCGCUUCCUGGCGGUGGACGCCGUGAAGGAGGCCAUACCGGACGGCGGGAGGCUCUUGGAGCACUACAAGGCGUUUCUGGCUAAAUGGGCUUCACCUGCUGCACCAGCUGGUUACUGA